CUCAAAAGCCAUUCGCUUGUGGAACCUCGUGCUGGAAAGUCAUUCGAGUUAGCGGUGUUAUUGUCGCCGCAGCGUGAUUGUGUUCGCAGCUCAGAUCCUCGGAGUCUAAGAUCUUUCAAGUUGAUAUAUGUAAAUCUAAUUUGAAAUAGACUUUCAAUUCGUGAGCAUUUAAAUGCAAAGUGUUUUUGCAAAAAAAUUGGUUUAAAUCAAUUCGUAAAAAAAAAAUAUUGAAAUUAAAAAAAAAAAAUUAAGUAAUAAGUGACUUCAUAAAGGAGCUUAUACAUACUCGUACAUACAUAUGUAUGUACCAGCAUAAGCUUUACAGUGCGUUUAACUCAGUACUUGCCAAGGAGUUUUUGAAGAAGCGUCAAAGUCAAGAGCGAAAGCUGACGCGUGGCUGCAGCUGUUAGCAUAGAGUUUGUACUUUAAAUUGAGAAUUUACUUGCUGAGGGGCAGCAUCAACCAUAAAAUGCGUCGCUUAAUUGGUGUACUGUUUCUAAGUCUGUUGGGCUUGGAUUUACAGAAUGUGGCGAGAGCUGAUGUAACGCGCGAUGAUAUACGAGGCACCAUGCAAUCGCUAGUCUACUCUUACAACCAGCUGGACAACAAAUUGGAACGACACGAGCAUCGUGAGCGGGCACUUGGUGAAUUACUCAAGAAAGCUUUGCAAACGCUGCAAAAGGGGCAAAAGAAUCUGGAACCAUUAAAUGGUAUAUUUGGACGUUUGGAUGAGCGAGUUAGCCAGAUCGAAACGAUGUUGAUAACGCAAGAAGAAAAAUACAACAUACAGACUGAAAAGCUCGGCGAAACUUUGGAACACAUCUUCAAAUGGAUGCGUGAGAACGAUGAGUGCUAUAAACGACCACCUGGACCGCUAGCGAUUGCACCGGCACCAAUUGUGCAAGCACCAGCCAUACCACCAGAGUUCCUCAAAGAGCAGGAAAAAAUCAACCAAAAGUUGCUUGAGCAGAUAAUGACAUUAUCGCAGAAUGUUGCCAAACUCUUGGAUACAUCCAAUCAUAUGAUGGAACAGACGGAAGUGGCAUUCAAGAGCGUGCCAUCCACUGCGGAAAUGUUAACUAAAAUUGAAGAUAAAUUAGUGAGCUAUAGUGUGGUAACACCAGCACCAUUACCAGAGCCGGUAGAUAAUUCUGAGUUUGAGAACAAAGUGUUGGUGAAGUUCGAUGAGCUCGCGACUGGCAUACAAGAGCUACGAGCACAGCCAAAGCCGAAGGAGGGAUUAACAGAAGCAGACAAGGAAUUUAUACAUGGUUUGACGAACGAAACACUCGGUGCGCUCGAAAACGUAAAGGUUAAUGUGCAGAGUAGUACAGAUAAAGCUCAAGCUGAGACCGCAUCACUUAUCAAGGCAUCCGCAGAGAAUCUUCAGGCCGGUGCUGAUAAAAUUUCUGAUGGGGUCACGAAACAUACAGAUUUACUCGAGAAAUUCUACAACGAAAUGAACUCGAGUUACAGCAAAUUGAAUGACGCUCUUGAGGUAUUCAGCAAAUUCAACAAUAUCCUAAUGACGAACUCGGAAAAUGUUUUUGACACCCAACGCAAGGUGGAAUUCGGCACCAUACAGACGGUGCAAAAGAUCAACGAUAUAAUUGACAAACAACGUGAAGAGAUGUUCGAUUUGUUGAAGACGCGUUUCGACGCCAUCGAUGAGAACAUCAUUAACAGUCAAAUGGAGACAAUGCAAAAUCUCAGUUCGACCAUUGAGACUGAGAUCAGUCAUGUGUGGCGCCAAAUUUCCAUUAUGAAUGGCGAGAUAACCGAAAACCGAGAUCUACUCAAUCUAAUGCAAGGACGGAAUGAGGUAUUCGUCAACAGCACAUUCGGCAGCAUGGAUUCAAUGGGUAAUAAAGUGGAAGACAUUAAGGGGCGUAUGUUUGAGAUGGACACAAAUUUGAACUAUCUUUUGGGCAAACUGUCUUUGAUGUCACAGGAAUUCGACGCCAUCAAACAAGGACUCGCCGAUUCGUUGGAGCAGUUGCGUAACACUUUCCAUGUAAUGCAAGACAAGUUACCUGUAUCCGGUCCGGGGCCACAUAAUAUAGCCAAAAAUGAAUAUGAAACCGAAUUAAAUCUAUUAAAUAAACGUCAUGCCGAAGAUGUAGCGCAGUGAGCGAGCCAGCGCAUGCUAGCGGAGAGUACAAUUAUUUAUGGGCGUAAACUAAUUCGAAAAGAAAUCACUUACUUAGUUUAGUUAAGUUAAAAGCUAUAAAAUUUUUAUAACUUUUAAUCUAUGUAUGUAUUCAUCCAUCUUAUGCAAUUAAUUCAGUUCAUUCAUUUUUUUUUUCAUUUUUUGUCAACGAACAAUACCAAAACACAUUAUUUUUGGUUAUAUUCAGUUAUUUAUAGGAUAUUAACCGUUAGUUCACACUUUCUCCUUUGUAUUACGUAAUUAAUAAAGUAUGAAAAAGUCAAUAUAAA